ACUAGUAAGCAAGUCAGUUCCACACCGCACGUACGCGGUUUGGUUUGGCGAAAUUGUGGAGUAGAAAGAAAGGACCAGUACUCGUCAUGGAGGGCGGAGGGGUUUACCAGAUAACCAACGGUCAAGGAGUCACAGUGAUGAGACCUGGAGUCGUGCAGGCGGCGCCGGGGAUUGUACAGGCAGCACCGGGGAUUGUACAAGCAGCGCCAGGGAUGACAGUUCUGAAUCCCGGUAACCUUGUAGGUACAGGAAGGAGGACGUACAUCAACCAGCGGCUGCCGUUCGUCGGAACCGGAACACUGACCUUCAACACACAGGACAUUGCCUGGACUCUGCCCGCACAGCGACCACAGAUCAUCUUCCUCAACGAGGACGACAGUGACGACAGACAGAGACCGCGUCACUACAACCACUACCACGGUCCGGACGGAGUGCCCUACUCCUACAACAUGGGGGGCAGGGAGAGGCAUCACUUCUACGGGCACCCGGGACAUUUCAUGGCGCACUCCUACCCGCCGCAGUACCCGGUCGGGCAACAAGUCAUCGUACCGCAGUCACAGUCGCAACUACAGGACAACUUCAACGUGCACGGCAUCCUGGAGUACGGCAGACUCACCACCGUCUUUCCAGAAUCCAACUUCACCACGCUUCCAGACUUCAUCCAACAGGAACUACAGCGUGCUUACGGGCAGUACUCUCGCACUGAAGUCAAUAUCGAGGCAAUUAAUGGCCAAUACACAAUCCGAGGCAAGCCUAAGGAACAGGUGGUUCGUACAGUUCAAGUCCCGCGAAGAGUCGCUCCGCGCGUGUCCCCGAGAACACGGUACGUACAGGUACAUGUCCCCGUACCACAGACGUCAAAAACAGCCUCGUCAGAUGAAGAACAGACAAGAGCUUCUUCACAAACAAAACACCGAGCCACAACUAGCGAGCCUAAAGAGGUUUAGGGCAAGGGCUGAAACUGUACGCGUGGAAACCAUCAUAUACAUCAUGUAGAUUACAGAUGUAAAACCCUUCAUAUCAAGUACUCUACAUUGUUGCAAUGCAUAUUGUAUAUUCAUGCAAAGUAAACACCAAAUCGUAUGGUUGGCGAUCAUUCUAUGAUUGCACAAGUGUAAGGUGCAAGGUACUGUUCACACAUACUUCUGGUGCCGGGUAAUCACAAAAUUAUUAGACAUCUACAGUAAUAAAUGUCUUUCAGCUGUCGGCGUUUGCGUUUUUAACACAGCUUGUGUGAUAAAUUACGCGUUACGUUUUGUUAUGAACUUUUGUAAAUGUAGCACGAAUACCUGGAUAUAUACGAGACUUGUAUGUACAUAGAAAGAGAGCGAACUAUAUACUAUAUAUAGUUGUCAAGCCAUUUGUCACAACGUAACUCCUCUAGAAGAUAUUAUCUUUUCCACCGGCGACGUGGGCGUCAGUCAUCCCCGCCACUGCCGACCUGGCACGCACGGAUCGGAGCGUAAUUUGUUCCCGAACUUUCAGGAGCGCCCAGAUGACGAAUUGCCUGUCAAGGACAUGCCAAUAAGUUGGAACUCGAGUGCUGGAAUACGAUCGUUCUGGUGAGGGAGCUAUCUCGCCCAAUUCCUCGUCAGCAGGAGGCGGGCAUGCUUGACUACCCGGCAUUGUUUCGUAAAUUGACAUAAAAGUUCUGACCGGUUCUCCCGGCGUUGACGUCACCUUGAGGGCUGCAGUACUAGUGUUUUAUUGAUUUUCUGAUUUGUUUCUACCAGGCGUUAUAGAUGUGCCGUGAGGUGUGAAGGUUUUGUUGCGAAUCUUCAACUGUGUCUAGCAAAAUGAGUUGUCAGCAAUGAGCCCACUGACGGUCAUGACUUAUGUGUUCUACACACGAUUGCCGUUUAUCGACGUAAAGAUUGCACCUUUAAAUCUCGCCCUUAGGAGAUCAUCACUCAUGAUUAGCCAGGGUGUCGAUACAGUAAUCAUCUUACCACUUUACUGACCAGAUUAUCAUACUGAUGCCCCCGCUGGCCGUGCGAUAAUCCGCCUGACCAAGGUGCUUUAGAUGGAUAUCUUACAAAUCUGUAAUCGUUUCAUUCUGGGGAUUGCAGAGUUGGAGAUGGGUAUUGAACCUUUCUAUGCCUUUUGCUUUGACUGGUCUUUGGCUGUUAGAGUUAACCAGUAUAGAGGUAAUAAAGUUCAGUUACAGAACUGAAUUUGCCAAGGAGUCACAUUUGACUGUCUACUGUCAGCUUGUUUUAGCUCUACCUCUUUCAAUAAAUUCAAUUCAGAAAAAAGACAUGAUGCAAAAUGAUGUACAGCCAAGAAG